GUAGACGAAACAUGCGCAGUCGAAGCAUGCGCGAGCCGACUGGGACCAACGGACCAACGCGCAGUACGAACGAAAACUCGUCCGGUGAAGGGUAUGAUCUCUCGUUGAACAAAUAAUAUUGAACGUAGAAAUGGUUCGAUAGUGUGUUUUUAUCGUAUGUUCAAAUGAAUUUAUGAAUAAUAUUACAAUUGUAAUAUACAAAAGUUCUCUCAAAUGUCGCUAGACAGUUCGGAAGAAUCUAAAAACAUGUCUGAACAUAACGAUGAUGCGAAAAAGGGUAAUGUUUCUAAACUGUCAUUUGUCGAACAUGACAAAAUUCAAGUUUCGUGAAAUAAUUUACAAAACAACUUUUUAAUGAAAUUCCCAUUUUUAAAAAUUAAUAUCAGUUUAUAAAAUUUGUAUUAUAACUUUUUAAUAUUUUUUAUAAUGCUUCUACGUUUGCACUACGUUGUAAAGGAUUACAAAAUAUAAUGUAAAUGAAUUCAACAUGUUUGUGAAAGAGGUUAACUGUCAUCUAUAGAAACCCGGAAUUUCACUAAUUAAAUAAAAUGGUUAGCUGAAUUAAAAGGCUGAAUUACUGCUCGAUGCUAUAAUUGCAACAUAUUUUAAUUUGUAUACUGUUGGCAGCUUGUAGAAAAGAAACCAAAUGAGGAAUCAGUACAAAGUUCUUCAGAACAAGAAGAGGUAGAAGAAGAAUCUGAGAUGGAAAAAGUUCGUAGAUAUCUAGCACAGAAGUUAAGACUUUUUGAUUCAUCAGAUUAUAGCGAGCAAUCACAACAAAAGGUGCUUCGAGAAGUUAACUUAGAUGGAAUAAUGGAAUAUAUAAAGGAAAAUGAAAACUGCAAAAUUGUUACCAUGGCUGGAGCUGGUAUCUCCACGUCUGCAGGAAUUCCUGAUUUUCGUUCACCGUCAAGUGGACUAUAUCAUAAUUUAGAGAAGUACAAUUUGCCUCAUCCUCAAGCUAUUUUUGAAUUGGAUUUUUUUAUGGAAAAUCCAGAACCUUUUUUCGCUCUUGCGCGGGAACUUUUACCCGAAGGUUUCAAACCUACGCCGUGUCAUUACUUUAUUCGUCUAUUGUGGGAGAAGGGAUUGCUUUUGAGACAUUAUACACAAAAUAUUGAUACUUUAGAGAGAAUGGCUGGUUUACCACCUGAAAAAUUAGUAGAAGCCCAUGGAACAUUCCAUACUGGUAGAUGCCUUCAAUGUAGAGCACCGUACACUCUUCCAUGGAUGAAAAAAAAAAUCAUUGAAGGUGUUAUACCGAAAUGUGAAGAAUGUAACGAGGGUGUAGUAAAACCUGACAUAGUUUUCUUUGGAGAAUUGUUACCUGAACGUUUUCAUUAUCUCGCCGAUAGGGAUUUUGCAGAAGCAGAUCUUUUAAUAAUCAUGGGAUCGAGUUUGGUCGUUCAUCCUUUUGCAUCUUUGGUAGAUAGGGUUCGACCAAAUUGUCCACGUUUACUGAUCAAUAAAGAAAAAGUGGGAAUGCAAGACCGCUUGUCACGACUUCUAGGAUUGCGGCAAGGCUUAAUCUUUGAUUCACGCACCGGUCGCGAUGUUGCCUGGUUAGGUGACUGUGAUACCGGUUGUCAAUUAUUAGCUGAAAAAUUGGGUUGGGAUGAGGAAUUGAAGGAUCUUAUUAAAAAAGAACAUGAACGGUUGGAAGCAGAAAAUACUAGCCAGGAUUGAUUGCAUUAAUCGUGUUAUUGUAAUAUAAAUUUAGCUUUUUACAAUAAUUAUGACUUAGUACUGCUACUUUUUAUAAAGAAAGAACAGGUAAUAUUUUCAUUAUAAAAUCAUUACAAAAGUGUUUAACAUGUAACAAUAACGAAAAUCCUCGCCUUUAUCGAUAUCUGUAUUUUGAACUUUCAUUGAGAAUAGACGGAAAGCCGAUUUAAAUUAAUGGAUAAAGCAUAAUUUUUAAAAGUAUUUUGUCAAAAAUUAGUAAUUGACGUUAUAUUCAUAUUGCGAAUAUAUUUUGUUGUUGAUAAUAUUGAAGUAGCAUAAUCAUUGCUCAAGGAUGUGUAAAUAGUUUAUUUCAUAAUAUAGUAUACGGUGAUGAUGUAAUUGCAAGUAAGGUGUGAUUUUGGACAGUUGAAUCACGUGUACAAAUAAAACAGAGUAAAAUGUAAUAUAAUAUAAACAUCAUUUCAUAGUGAA